UAGCACAAACAACUAAACGGAAAAUAUUACCAAAAGCUCUUUCAUUUAGUUGUGAAUAAAUAUAUGACGAUGAUAAGUAGUCUAUUAAGAUUCGGUAGAAGACAACUUCACACAAUUGUCUCAACAGAAAUCAUCAAACCUUCUUUUCCUACCCCUUCUCACCUCAAAAAAUACAAUCUUUCGGUUUUUGAUCAAUCCAUUCCAAGCUCAUUUUCUCCGCUGAUUACAUUCUACCCGAACACAGGCGUUUAUCAAAGUUCACAUGAUCAAAUGCAUGACCUCAAGACUUCGUUAUCCUACACAUUAACAAAAUAUUACCCUUUUGCUGGUAGACAUGCCAAAACUAAACCAACCUAUGUAGAUUGCAACGAUCAAGGCGCUGUGGUCCUUGAAGCAUCCAUUGAUAGUACCCUCUCAGAUUUCCUUCGAACCUCACAGCAUGAAGAUCUUGACCAGUUAUUUCCAUAUGAAAGAACUUGGAGGCACUCAAACCAUGGUGAUCAGGAUCUUCAAAGCGACACUGUGAUCCCACUUGCAAUUAAAGUAAACCAUUUUGAAUGUGGAGGAGUAGCACUCGCAGUGUCGUUAUCCCACAAGAUAGCAGAUGCGUAUAGUCUGAUCCAUUUUGUAAGCCAUUGGGCACGAGUCUGCUCCAAAAGGGAGACAUGUGAAGUUCCCUUUGAGUUUGAUCCACACUUUAUUUCUUUUGAAAACACAAAGAUAAAUUUCUCUGAAACUUCACUACAACAAUCAAAUGAUUGUGUUACCAGGAGUUUCAUAUUCCCCAAGACAAAGAUUAACGAGCUUAAGCUCAAAGCCAUGACUGCAGGAGGAUCUGGACAACACAUCAACAACCCUACUCGCGUAGAAGUUGUGACUUGGUUACUUUAUAAAUGUGCAGUGGCAGCAGCUACCAAAAAUAACUUGGGUUCUUUUAAGCCAACAAGCAUUUGUCUUGCGGUCAACUUAAGAGACAAAAUGAUGGAGCCAUUGCCCAAAACUUCCAUUGGAAAUUUUCUUUGUAGGUUGGAGGUUCAAACUUCGAAUGAAAUGGAAUUAAAGCCGGAGUUGUUAAUCGGUGAACUAAGGAACCAAAAGAUGAAAAUGCAUGGUAUAAAAAAUAUCGAAGCUGCAAUCGCUCCACUUUUGAACACAUCUUCCAAUUCUAAGCAAGAAGAGAAUCAAGGAAGACUCGACAAUGCUUAUAUUUGUUCAAGCCUAUGCGGAUAUCCAGCAUAUGGGAUUGAUUUUGGGUGGGGAGCGCCAAUAAAAGCAACACUUCCUGGAAAUCUAAGGAAGAAUAGCUUUAUUCUGAUGGAUGCAUCCAAAGAGGAGGGUAUUGAAGCACUUGUUUGUCUACGAAAACAAGACAUGGAUAUUCUUGAAAGGGAUCCUGAGCUUUUGCUUUUUGCUGAUUUUUCUUCAAGUUAGAAUCCAAUAAUUUUACUGUUGGAACAAUACUAAAUAAUUUGUAUGGAAGAACCUAUGAAAUUUUACUAUGUUGGUGGUUUAUAAGCAAUAUAUGUGUAUACGUUUAUGUGUGUAUGCGUGUAUUAGAAUACUUGGUUAGAAACUCAUGUAUUACUAAGGACGUAUGCUUAAUAAAUGAAAUAUUUAAUAGU